CUUUACUUUUUUCUACAAAAAAAAUUCAAAUUGAAAUUAAAGAAAUAAAUUAAAAACGCAUGAUUUGGCGUGUUUAAAUUGUGAUAUUCUAUUUAAUUAAUCAACAUAUGGCCGUGCAAAGAAAAUUGCCUACGAAAUUAUAUGAAAUAACAGCACAUUCACAGAAAGUAUCAUGUCUUGAUAUCGGUGAGACAGGUCGUGUCUUGGUGACUGGAGGCAGCGACAGAUUAGUGAAUCUUUUUGCUAUUGGAAAUGAAAAAUCUAUACAGUCACUCGAUGGUCACCAUUCUCGAAUUGAAUGUGUUCGAUUUACAUGCUCCGACGAUCUCGUUUAUUCAGCCGAUGAGAAUGGAAUUAUUAAGAAAUGGGAUCUUAAUCAAUGCGAGAGUAAUUCCACAUUUUAUGGACAUAUGAAGAGUGUCCGAAGUCUUGAUUUUCAUCCGUAUGGCGAUUAUUUGGUGUCAGGAAGUCAUGAUACAAGUGUACGAUUGUGGGAUAUAAGAAAUAAUGAAUGUAUAAAGAAAUAUCGAGGACAUAUAGCGAAUGUGAAUUCGGUUAAAUUUAGUCCCGAUGGUUCUUGGAUAGCUUCAGCAGGAACGGAAGGUUGCGUGAUUAUAUGGGACAUACGAAUGAGCAAUAAACUACUAGAAUUUAUAGAGAAUGGCUCGCCUGUGACAUGCCUACAAUUUCAUCCAUAUGAAUUUCUGAUGGCAGCUGGUCGUAAUGAUGGAUCUGUUGAUUUGUACGAUCUAGAAAGUAAACAAAUGAUUUCGCGUAUUGAGCGACGUGAAGCUGGUGGAAAUUCUGUAAAAUGCAUAACAUUUAGUGAUAAUGGUGAGUGCCUGUUUGUUGGUACAACACAAAAUAUAUCCGUGAUUGGUUGGGAGCCAGAUCGUGAAUUUGAUAGAAUCGAGUCAAACUGGAGUCAUUUAGGCGAUAUGAAAAUAAUUAAUCGUAAACUUAUCUGUGGUGGAUAUGAGAAUAGGAAUGUAACAAUACAUGCUAUGAACCUCGAUUAUGUGAUUCCAUUUUAUAAUCCCGCCAGUGUUGUAUUUAAUCAUCAGCAAAGCUCAAGGAAAUCAUUUAAUAGAGGAAAUGGUAAACUACGAAUAUCAAUAGAUAAGAAGACAUUGUCUAAUGGUAGUGUCAAAAUUAAUGAUCCUAUAUCGCUUGAUGCGGGAAACUUAUCGUCGCCUAACUUAUCAAUUGAAAUGAUUGAGGAAGAUUUUGAGCCAGAAUCGUUGACUGUGUCAACACCUGAUCAACAAUUUGAGUUUUAUGCGAUCAACAAGUAUAAGAAUGCAAUUGAUUAUAGCAAUAAUCUAACGACAACAAAUGGCGAAGAGAAAUAUCAAUUAAGUAAAAUAAUCAGUGAUGACCAACAAGAGACUACGACAAUCGUUCAUGGAUUUCCAUUGGCCGAAAAUGAUGAUUAUAAUUUUGAAAAGCCUACAAAUAUCGAAAUUACUGGAUAUAGUAGCGAUAUUGAUACAGGAUAUUAUUCACCAAAUCGCUUUAUACUCCGUAAUGUCUCAACGCAUGAGGAGUUUACCGUUAAUAGUGCUCAACAGCCAGAUUAUGCCCCGAAAUUGCCACAAACAACUAUCUCAAAGCCAGUCACGACAAAGCAAAAAGUCAUGGAGAGUCAUGAAAAGCGUAGAUCAUCGCCACCGAAUUCAAUUCGUCCGACAAAUUUAAGGAAGUCAAGUACGACGAGUGUGAGUACAGUUGAUCUUCGUAAAAUUGAUGAACAAUUCUCCAAUAUCACAACGGCUUCAAGGAAGCCUAAAAGUCGUGGAUCAUCGCCAAUAAGAAAUCAUAAUACAGCCAAUUCAAAGAUACGAAAGAGUGAAUCAUCAUAUCAAGUGAAGAACCAGAACCAAAAAAACCUCUCUGUUCAAUUUUUUACGAAACCACAACGAUCAAAAACCGCAAUUGACAUUAAAUCGAAUGGUCGUAGUUCAAUCCCUCGAAGUGUUCAAUCACCUACUAUUCAACAUCUACAGCAACAACAACAACAACAAAUUCAUGCGAUAAACUCACAUCAAAAUCUUAUACAUCCUACAUCAAUUCCGCAUUCAAUAACAGCACCUCAUCUUAGUAACAUAUCGUCACAUUCGCAUGAGACAACCAUAACGACGACAUCGACAAAUUUUAGCAGUUAUGAGACGUCGAAUGAAGCACAUGAUAUACAAGUUAUUCAAUCUGGUCAUGACAUUAUGUUUAAUACUUUGUGUAAUCGGAUAACUAGUUUAGAUAUGAUAAGAAAUCAUAUGAGAACUCAAGAUCUUAGCGCAGCAAUCAGAGCAUUAGCCCGAAUAAAGGAUGACUCAGUCAUAGUCGAUUUAUUAGGAGCUAUUCUCGAGAAAAGUGCGAUGUGGACGUUAGAUAUGUGCGUUGUUAUUCUUCCAUUAAUUUAUGAUCUUCUACAGAGCGAUCUUAAAUUCCAUUACCAACGAGCAUGUGACACACUUCGAGUAAUAAUCAAAGAAUUCCUGCCAGUAAUUCAAUCGAAUAUUGAUCCGUGGACGAGAGGGCUUGGAGCUGAUAUAGCACGCGAGGAAAGAGCCCAAAAAUGCGUCGAAUGUCGAGGUUGGUUAUUAAAAAUUCGUUGUCUCCCAGAGAAUGAGAAGAUCGGAAGUUCGUUGUUGCCGCUACAAAAAAUGAUUGUGGAUAUUUGAAAUCAUUUCUUUCUAUGUCACAAAAGGCAUCUUAGACAUAAUUCUUGCAGCUCAUUCUUAUAUAUUUUUAAUUUUUUUCUUCGUGUAUUUUUUAAUUACUAAGCGGGAACCUUUUUUCUCUCUUCAAUGACUGUAAACCGUAAAAAAACUGUGUCUUUUUUUUGUUGUUGUAAAAAUGCCAUUUUAAGUUUAAAAACCUUUCUUUUAUUAACCUUUUUAAUUUUAUGUGGCAUGCUUAACUUCCUUAUAGUGAAUAAUAACACUUCUUAUCACAAAUUGAAUAAUUGAUGCAAUUAAGACUGAUAAAUUAACAAAUGAUUAAUUGAUGAAGAACGUGGUAAAAAAAGUUUAAAAAUAACAAUUUUUUUUUGUAUUACAAAAACGCCUAACUUGGAAUAAUAAAAUUAUAGGGAAAUGCAUAUGAGAACCGUCCAUAUGAGACAAAGACAUAAAGCACAUUUUAGUUCAAUUUCGAUAAUUUUGCUCAAAGAAAUCAUGAAAAGUCAUGUCAAUGUCUCAAACAAUGUAAAUCAGCUGACUCAUGAUAAUAAUUCACGGUUGCUGAGUAUAAAAGAAUGUAAAAGUCAUUGGAAGUGGACAUUUUUGCAAUGACUGAUUUGUAAAUCAAUUUGAAAAUUAUGAAAGCACCACUGACCAAUGUCUACUCCAAAAUGUGAGUGACGACAUGCUAAUGAGCCAGGAAAUAUUUUUGGUGAUUGAUAAAUGUCACGUACGAAAACUGUUCAGUUUGGUGGUCAUUUGUGGACUUUAACAGCGCAUAUUCUUAAAAUUGAAUAAUUAUAAUUUAUAACGGUCGAAAAACCUGCUUAAUGUACGAGAUCAAGCCAUAAUUGGGCAUUUGGGCAACGUUGGAUUAAGGGACGGGUCAGGAACUUGAAGUGUAGCGGGGGAAAUAGGAACGAGAGCUACAAGAUUACCCACGAAUGGAAUAUUGUUAGAACGGACCUGAAAAGUAUCACGUCACGCCCACAAAAGAUCGAAACGAGAGCCUUAGUUUAUUUGAAACCUAGAUAUGAAGAUUAGAAGUUUGAUCCUACAUAAUAUUAAUUCAUAUGUAUACAAAUACAAAAAGUGUAAAAUGUGAAUUAUUUCUGGACAGUAUGUCGUCAAUAAAUGCAAUAAAGUGCAAUUAAAAUGAAAAAAAAAAACAACUGUCAGAAAAUUUGAAAAUCUACAAAACGUUAUAAAAUUUGGUAAAAUACGCUAAAAAACUCAAUCCAUUCAAAUUGAACGCUUUUAUAUUGUAAAAAUGGAUCUACAAAAAGUUGUGUGUACGUGAAG